AUGGAAGAAGGGAACUCAAUUAUUUAUGGUUUAGAACAUCAGACGAGAGCUUUGUCACCACAAUAUGGGGAGAGUGAUGCUAUCAGAUUCCUUAUCGGCACUCAGAGUCUAAAGCCCAACUCCAACCAAAUUCAUGUGGUAGAGCUUGAAGAAGAUACGGGAGCUUUACAUACAAAGGUGUUCAAGCACGAUAUUGGCGAAGUAUGGCAUUUGCGCUGCUCUCCACACGACGCGGCCGUUCUGCUCACCACACACAAUGCGUACGACUCCGCCACCUCACAAUGCACUAUGGGAGUCUCUAUAUUCAAGUUGCCCACAGUUGAAGUAAUACCGAAAGACUUGGAUGAGUUGAGCGCGAUACAAAGUAGAAAUGCAGAGAAUAUGGAAGUACUCCUUACUGUCAAUCCAGAGAAACCAGAAGAAGAAAUACGUUGUGCGGAAUGGCAUCCAACUGAUAGUAGUCGUAUUGGAGUGGUGUGUGAGUCGGGGCUCUCGGUCCACGACGUGAGCUCCGGAGCCGCGCUAAGUCGCGCCACGGCCAGCGCCCGCCUCAAGUUCACGGGGGGCAAGUGGAACCCACACCAGGGCAAUGCACAGUUUGCAGUGUUACAAGAUAUGCACAUAAAAUGCUACGACACAAGAACAGACUGCACCAAGCCAUCCUGGAGCAUAGACAAUGCACACAGACAACUGGCCAGAGACUUAGACUUUAAUCCAAACAGACAAUUCCACUUGGCUACUGCAGGCGACGACGCAACGCUCAACAUAUGGGACUACAGAAAUGGAAAGGAACCCAUAUUCAGUCGCACUGACCACUCACACUGGGUGUGGACAGUGCGCUACAACACGUACCACGAGCAGCUGCUGCUGACGGGCAGCUCCGACGCGCGGGCGCUGCUCACGGCCGCCGCCAGCGUCUGCACCGACACUGACGACGACGGGAAGAAAAUCACCCAAGUUCUGGAAGACGGCGUUCUCCAAUCCUACGAACAACAUGAAGACUCCGUUUACUGCGCGGAGUGGAGCGCAGCUGAGCCCUGGACCUUCGCGUCUCUCAGCUACGACGCGCGUCUCGUGCUGUCACGAGUACCGCGACACUUCAAGUAUAAGAUACUGCUCUAA